GCCUGCUCCAAUAGCCUCGCCAAGCAGCCUGAGAUACCUGCAAGCUUUUGUCGGCACGAAACAAACGUCAACUGUUUGACACGGCUAUCCACCUUGGCCACGAUGCUAAGUCACUAUCUCAUCGUGUCUGCAAUUUUUGCCGCUAUUGUGGUUUCCGCCACUGUUCCUGGCUCCCCUGUGGUUUGCCCAGAUGAGAAGAGGGAUGCCAUCCUGCGAGGAGAUCUCAGUCCCGAAGCCUGCUGUAGCUACGGGGUCUGCAAAAAUACGGUUGUUGUCCGGAUGAGCUAG